AUGGCAGAAACUCAAUUCGGACCGGAGGGCUGGACACCUGAGCGCCUCGGCAACCUUGCGGGCAAGACCUACCUAAUUACCGGGGCCAAUGCCGGUGUAGGAUUUCAGGCAUCCCGAAUCCUUCUGUCGAAGGGCGCAAAGGUGGUGAUGUUGAAUCGCAGCGUCGAGAAAUCGGCUGCCGCGGUCAAAGACCUGAAAGAGGAAUUUGGGGUGGGUGCUGAUGUUAGCUUUGUCCGCAUGGACCUGGCCGAGCUUGCGAGCGUCCGCGAGGCGGCGGCAGAGGUGUUGAAGACCGUUCCACAGAUCGAUACGCUUAUCUGUAACGCCGCCAUUGCGCAAGUACCGUCGCAGAAGCUCACCAAGGAUGGCUUCGAAAGCCAACUUGGCACCAACCAUUACGGUCAUUUCGUCCUGUGCGGAAUGCUCUUCGAUCGCAUCGAAGAGUCGAAAGGCCGGAUCGUUGUCGUGGCCAGCCUUGGCUACAAAAUGGGGAUACGGACGAUCCAGUUCGACGACAUGAACUGGGAUAAGAACUACAGCGCCAACCCCGUCUACAGCCAAAGCAAGCUGGCGCAGAUGAUGUUUGCCUAUGAACUCCAAGACCGGGUCAAUCAAACUAGCAAGAGUAUCGAGGACCAGCGGCGGCGUUUUCACAAGGAUCGCGUUCUACCUCAUGUCCCUUUCUCCGAUGGUUCAAUCGGCUGA